UACUUUAUUAUUAUUACUUUCAGUAAUAAUUUAGGAUUUGCCUCCAUUGCAUCCAUUUUUGAUUAGCCAGUAUGGGCGGAUCCAGUGUUUCUAAAACCAACAGGCCAAUGGGUGGGCGCACCAAUAUGUAAUGCAUGACAGGAGGUAUAUUUGUGGAGUUAAGUUUCAACACAUUUUUCUGAAUAAUCAGUUGUGGUACAUGAAAACUACAGUAGUGGGUCUAUGGGGGGGUAGGGGGUUUAAACCUCCCCUUGGGCUUUUUUUUUAUUAUUUUCAGUGUAUCUUUUCACCCCAAAAUCGUUACGAAGGUAAAAUAAUGACGAAAAUAUUUGGGCCAAAUCCCCCCCUUGGCAAAAAGCUAGAUCCGCCCCUGAACUACAGUAUGGCAUCUAAAUCUUUGGAAUGCUGUUACAUCCUGUAUUCUUCACAAGGUCAAAGCUUGUUAGAAUGGUGUUUUGAUAAAAAUAUACAUAGUGGAACUUCUAUAAAGGGAAAUAAGAAUUGACCAUUAGACUCUUGAAAAAACAUUCUCGUCAAUGUGACACCUUUAACUUUGACAGCCUUUUUCACACCAAGUUUUAGUAUUUUGUUAACUUUCAUACUGCAUAUUUAAUAUUAUUAAAUGAGUGCUUGCUUGAUCCAUUUGGAGGGGCCAAUACAAUUCAUAAUUACAUGGCAGUAAAAUUUGACAUAUUUUUAAUCUCAUUGAAAAUAACAUUCUAGAGACACCAAGAUCCCCUCUAAAACUACCCCUAUCAGUCAACACAAAAAGGUGUUAAAUGCUGGCUCCGCAUUUAGGCAGUGCCUAAAUCUAUAUAUUAUUAUCCUAGCUUACUUCAAUUACAUAUAAAAUGAGACUGUUGUUUGUAUUUUUGCCUAAGUCUUCGAUUUGGAUCAAACUUGGUCAACUGAAAGGGGUUAAUAGAUGGAUUAACGCACGAGCACCCAUUUGAGUCCUAACAAUUUUGUUGUCAAGAUUUUGACUCCGGAGGUUUGAGCCUAAGAGGGUAGUACUAUUGAAGGGGCUGUUUUGGGGGGCAUUUUGAUCGUCAAUCAACGCAAUGCCGUUAAAGGAACGAAUUGUAUUGCGAAUAUUUUAAAAUAAGCAUUAUUUCAGCUUCUAGGAAAUGUGAAUUUUUUUACCAUUUUAUAUAUAGCAAGUUGCUUCAGUAGUUUUUACCUAUGCUUACAUGCGUUGACGACAACCUUUUUGCUUCCAAUAUGAAGGCUAAACCUAAGUAAAUCUAUUUAUCUAAGUCAGACAGUAGAAAAAAAUCGUGUAUUUUACCCACGCUUACAUGCGUUGACGACAACCUUUUUGCUUCCAAUAUGAAGGCUAAACCUAAGUAAAUCUUUCUAUCUAAGUCAGACAGUAGAAAAAAUCGUGUUUUUUGGCCAAUUUCCAUGAUUACCUAAUUAAAUCUGUACCGAUAACUUACGGGCCAAUUACCAGAAACAAAGGCCCACAGGGGGCGGGGGCUGUUUUUUCAACGGCCCACUGGGCCCUUAAACAAGCACCCGCGGCAGCUUUCACAUCAUUGGCUAUGGAUAUUCUGUCAAACUGUCUCAAACUUCUUGCCAACCUUCUUAGUACCACACAGCUGCCACUCUCAAGCUUUUUUGAUAAAAAUCAAUAUCAUUUGAAAGGAACUAUAGAAAGAGAUGUACUAGCGUUCGAAAUCAAGUCUGCUUUACUAGCAAUGACCCUUGGCUCAGGCCUCUCUGUUCUGUGCCUGUUAAUGUCCAUUGCUACAUGUCUCGGACAAAAUCUUCUUCAUGAAGACGACGACUACUAUCGUCGCUCAAUCAUAUUUGUCGCACAUCAAGGCAAGCGUCUUUUGGUGCCUAUUUCUGCUGCUAACACGUCAAAUGAAACCGUUACACAGAAAAGCCUUUUAGCAAAUGAUGUCAUUGACUGCUCUUUCGAGUGUCUUGCUGAAAAGUGGUGCCACUCCCUAAACGUCAAGUUGACAUUGACGAAGAGUGGGCAACACGUUUGUGAGCUCAUCUCCACAGAUAGAUAUAACCAACCUCAAUACUUGGUACAAGACAACGACUCCGUGCACUUUGGGAUAAAGUCCCCUUGUGAAGACUCGCCUUGCAAGAAUGGAGAUUGUGUGACUAUUUACCACGAGCCAUUCUUCCAUUGCGCAUGCCCAGCCGGUUUUACUGGACAAACUUGUUCAGCAGACGUGGCUGAGUGCGGAGGUCGAUCACAUGGUUGCCAUGCCAACGCAAGCUGCAUCAACAUCCCGGGAUCCUACAGAUGUGCUUGCAAAGAUGGCUUUACAGGGGAUGGAAAAACGUGUUUUAUUAUCGUGAAUCAAUUUGACAACAUGGGGCAUUCUGGGAGAUCAGGCCUGAUACAAACUUUCCGUGUCCCCAAAACCGGUCUUUACAGAAUCGAGGCAGGAGGCGCAAGUGGUGGUACGCACUGUCCAAGCUAUGGUGAUCAACCCGGCACGUACUACGGUGGCAAAGGCGCCAUCGUGUCGGGCAUCUUCACACUCAUAAACGGCACCGAGCUGAAGAUUGUGGUCGGUCUGCGCGGAGGGGACUCGGUAGAAGUGCAAGAUGGACAGAGUACUACAAUGACAGCAGCACAGCUAGGAAAAUCAGUGGAGGAUAAUGCAGGCACAGGGGGAGGGGGUGGAUCGUUUGUGUAUACUAGCGAUAGAAGGCUAUUAGUAAUAGCUGGUGGGGGAGGGGGUGCGUCAAAUGGGUACAAUGGAGUGGAUGGUCAGUCAGGUGAAAAUGGAUACAGAAGCUCUGGGACAAAUUAUGGUCAAUCACGCGCGGGAGGGACAGGGGGCAAUCCAGGGGAGUGUAACAGUGCUGGAAGUAGCUACCAUGGGGGAGUGGGUGCGGGUUGGGAUGGUACUGGCUGUACAAGGCUUGGGCCCGAACAUGGUGAGCGAGGGGGGUCUAUAGAGAAGGGCUGGGUCGGGGGAAGGGCUGGGGGCAUGAAUAGUGGCUACAACGGCGGUCCUGCCCCGGGUGCUGUGGGUGGAUUUGGAGGAGGGGGUGGAGGAUCCGAGGAUAACGGUGCCUCAGGGGGUGGUGGUGGGUAUUCAGGAGGUGGGAGUGGUACACAUUCCGGGCAAGCCGGUGGGGGAGGGGGCUCGUAUUGUGGAGGAAGUAGCUGUAGUGCUGUUACCGGCGGAAACUCGAAAGAAUACGGUUUUUUAAAAAUCACAUACCUUGGUGUUUAAGAUGGAUCGUCUCAAAGGAUGGGAAGCGUGGUUUGAAAAAAAAAUACUUUUUCAGAGGUUAGCCGUGACGAUGUUAGUAUUUUGUGCUAGUUUUUAGCCAUAUCAUUAAAAAGGUUUUGGCUUGAGACAAGAAAAGGUAUUUUGUCUAACGAAUUGGCUACAUUUUCGGUGAUUUCGACUCGUACAGGAAAUGUUAGCAAAAUCCACCUAAAAGCAACCGGUCAGCAAAAACAAUCUUAGAGAUUAUAUAAUUUAAGUGUCUCGAAAGGUUUUUGCAUAAUAUUAUUACCUAAUAGUAGUCCAGGUUUCAGGCGAAUUUUUAUUUAUUUAUUAAAUUUUCAAAUCAAAUACUCCAAAUCAAAUACUCCCUUGAGUGUAUUGUUAGUAAGCAUUGUAAGCACUCUCACUGGGGGGUGGUCACUGCCAGAGGUUUUAUUGCGUCCCCAGUGGUUCUUUUACGUCCCUUCGAUUCAGGUUAGUGUAUUGCAGCUUGAAAAGACGGGACCUCCGGUUUAGUGCCCUUAUCCCAGAAGAAUGGAAACACGGGAGAAUAACUUCAACUCACUUGUGACACAAAUUCGAAUCAAGGUUGUACACCGAAAAAAGAAAUUAUGAGCCAGGAUUCGAAACUAGGCCACACGCUAACACACUAGGCCAUCCAUGCUUCGGAACCGAGGCAAUACGGCAAGCCACGAACCCAGUCCCUCUUACUCCUCCUCCACCCCACUUCUCCUCCUCACUUCUCCUCCCCACAUACAGGACAUAAGGGGUACAUACGGGGUAUAUAAGGGGUUAUGAAGGGGUAUAUACGGGGUACAUAAGGGGUACAUAUGGAGCAUCUAUAACCUAGCUCUAUAGCCUCUUUGGCGUUCUAAAUACUAUGUAUACAGAUAUGUAGCUAAGCUAUGUAAUGAUGGGGAGGCUAUAUAGCGAUAGGCUAUGUAAGUUGUCUAUGUAGCUGGCUAUACAGUGAUGAGGGAUAGGCUAUAGAGCUUGCCUAUGGAGCUAGGCUAUAUAGCGAUUAGCUAAGCUAUAUGGUUGACAGGAGCAAAAAAUGGCAAAAUUAAAUUUGUUGUGUUAGCUUUAGUAUUUUUUGGUAGAUGAUCCAUUCCAUUCUUGAAAUAUGAUUGAGCAAAGUUGCCAUAAAUCAUAAAAAAAGAAGCAAGCCCAAAUUGGACAAUUUCAAACAAAUCAAGAGUCUUACAAUUUGCAAUAUCUGUAGAAUGGAUUAUCUAACCAAAAAUACUUAUUUUGGUUAAUAUUACACAAGGAACAUCUAUGCAAAAAAUCAAGCGAAUAUAAGUUAACACGAGUUUACAAUUUUAACUUUGCCAUUCUUUGCUCCUGUCUAUAUGGUUAUAGGGUAUAGAACUUUCCUGAGUUGACUAUAAAGCGACAGGCUAUAGAGCUUGUGUAUCUAACUAGGCUAAAGCACAACUCCUUCCCAAUCCACCUCCUCCUAUUUAUUCAUUCCUCCACAUCCUCCACAGUCCUCCUCCAUUCCUCCUCACUCCUCCAUUCCUCCUCCUCCACACUCUACCUCUAUUCCUCCUCACUCCUCCUUCUUCUCCAUACUCCUCUUCCAUUCCUCCCCAUUUUUCCUCACUCCUCCUCCAUUCCUCCUCACUCCUCCUCACUUCUCCUCACUUCUCCUCACUUCACCUCACUCCACCUCACUCCUACUCACACCUCCUCCUCCAAACCUCCUUGCUCCUCCUAACUUCUCCUCCUCCUCACUCUCCCUCCUCCUCACAAUACAAUUCAAUAAUUUAUUUUCAGUCGAUGACAACGCUCGACAACACUUUUCAUUACACACUUACACAUUACAUAAUAAUUAUAAUUAUGGGAAAAAAGGGAGAAUUUACAUGCCGUUGCUGCAUUGGCAGUCAUGCAGGAUCAUGUCUGGUAGAUUCUCGCGGAACUCAGAGACGGAAUUUACAUUUUUGGCAGAGUGAGGAAGUUGGUUUCAAAAAUGUGGUAUUAAUUAAAAGAGUUAUGCAUAUACAUCGAUUUAUAGGGUGGCUUUGUGAAAUUAUUAACAGAAGAGCGCCAAUUGUACUGAGAGGACCGGGUUACAAAGAAGAUGGAGAGAUAACUAGCCUGUAGCAUCCUAUACAAUUUAAUAAAUAAUAAACGAGCCUAUCCCAAA